UGGCAGCUUUGUUCACAAUUUGGGAAGAUAUAUAGUUUAAGUCGGACGACAAACCAAAUAAAAGGCUUGGACCAACAUAAAAGUAAUCACAAUCAUUGUUUACUAUAAACAACUUAUUUCAACUCGCCAUAUAGAGAAUUAGGACAACGUAGUUGAAAUGUUCUGCACAGUUUUGGUUUUUCUAACCCUCUUUGUCAGAACAACCCUUUGCUCUAGUAGUUGUGUCCAGUUUGAGUUUGCACAGGAAGUGUCGCCGACUGAGUCCAUACAGGUGUUAUCUAACUUCUCGGCCGCUUCCAGGACGGAACUGUUCGGCAUCUGUGUCCCAAGGUGUAUGAAGGACUUACGAUGCAAUGCUUUCGACAUUUGUAAUGGCGAGUGCCGAACCAUCAGAGGUUGGCUUCCAGUGUAUACAGACAGUGUAUCUGGGGAUAUGUGUGAACGCCAUCAAAUCGACUGUGAUGCUGGUUAUUAUUACGACAGACAAACAGAGAGAUGUGUUCGUCACUAUUUUUGUGAUUUUGAAUUGGUGCCAGAAACAACAUGCUUUCUAUUGGAAUCAAAAACAGACAACUUGGACUGGACUCGAAAAUCGGGAUUAACUGCGAAUUAUUAUUAUAAUACUGGUCCAUCAUCGGCAAAGUUUGGAAGUUAUUACAAGUAUAUCCAGUCAGCAUAUUCUUCUAGUUACGUGUACAGGGGCACUCUCGAAAGCAUUGAACACUUUGAUGAUAAAAUAUACUGUCUUUCGCUUUACUAUCAUAUGUAUGGCAGCAAUAUCAAAAGUUUGAUUAUUUCCACCCAAAAUGGAACUGAUGCCCCUGUGAACCACUGGACCAUGACGGGUAACCAAGGAAACGCGUGGAACAGAUUGUUGGGACUUAAUCUUCGAUUAGAUCCACAGACAAAGGUUUUAAUAACAGGAGAACAAGCGACUAACUACAGAGGAGAUAUUGCCAUAGAUUUUGUAGAGCUUUGGCCGUAUGCGUGCCCUGGCAGUGCUUGACUUGCUGGACUUUCUUGCAAUUGUUGUUGUGUUUGGAAUACCUCUAAAAAUCCUCUGAGACGUGUUUUCCCGGGGAUAAUGUUUUAAAUUUUCGUAAUAGACAACAAUAGCCAUAAUUGUUUUAGCUCACCUUAACCAGAUGAAAUGUGUUUGGGUUUUUCUUUAAUUUCAGUUUUGUUUUGUAUACAUUAUGGUUUAAAUUUUAAGCACUAGUAUCCUAUACAGAAUAAAUAUGCAAAAUGUGCUGAGCGGUUUUAUUAUAUAUAUGAGGAAAAACAAGAUAGUAUGAAAAGCCAUUUAAAUUUUUUUUGUUAAAUGUUUUGGAAAUAAAUAAUGUCACCGUUUGAAAUUGAUUUAAGCAACUAUUUGCAGGUCAUAUCUGGACAUUAGUUAACGUGUAUGAGGAUAUAGUUAAUUUGUUUAUGCCUUAAAUAUAUUUGAUAAAACACAUCUUUUGUUUUCUACUUCUUUUGCAAGUGAACAUUUCUGUCGGUUUUUAUAUUGUUAGGUCACAUAUUAGAACUACAUGUAGACUUUGACAACUUUUUUCACAUAUUGAGAAAAUGUAUUUUUUGGUAUCAAUGUAUCUUUAUCAAAUGGAAAUAGUUACGAAAAUAUUAUCUAUUCACAAUGCUUUACUCAUUUUCUUUAUAUUCUGAUAGCCUAGUUGAAAUGUCAUGCCUUUACAAAGUUAAAAGCCAUAUACAGUCUUCGGGAUUUUUAAACAGUGCUAGUUUGGCAGAUGUCUUGUUAAUUCUAUUUCCGAAAAUGUAUUUUAGUAAUGUUUAUGAUUUUUAUACAUUGCUGGAGUAUAUACAUAAAUUGGGAUGAGAUAUUGCAUAUGUAUCCAAGUUAUAAUACAUAAUGUUUGUAUAUUUAAAGGACAAUGUAUGGUUUGAGCCUAAAAUGGCCCCCAAAAAUGAACAUUGUCAUUUUACUGUAAUUCUUUGUUUAAUUUGUACAAAUGUACAUUUCUUUUUAUAAUUUUCAUUUUGAUUUUAGU